CCAUGCUUGCAACAUGACUGCACCAUUGAGGACUCUCGGAGUCCACCUUAGCAAGCGCACAAAUACAAGCUUUCUACUGCAUGAAAGUCGCAGAUCUCUUCACCCCGAUGUCGAUCGUUACAAUACUAUCCGCCUGUUUUUCCAGCGGCAGCUUAUGACAUAUAGUUCUACACCACCGCCGACCUGCAGGAGGUCCACAUUCUACGCGAAAUAUACUCCAAGUUCCUCUAGGUUACGUACCGAAAACUUUUGGCAAAUGGGGACACUUCGGUCGCGUCAUAAACAUUCGGGCAGCGACGAGAGAGGUAGCAUACACGAGGGCGACCUCUCUCGCCAGCAGAGCAAAGCCCAACCCCCGGGGUCUGUCAGUUCUGGAAAAGGCGAUUCGGAACACGAUACGGGUGCUCAUAUUCCCCCUCCACCUUUAAAUCUCGACAAUUAUCCGCGUCUGUACCGCAGGUUGGCACUAUCCCUCUCUCACCUUCACCGCCCUACACGAGACGACUUCCUGAAAGUGGCCAAUGGAUUUUGGCAGCGUCUACGGAUCCGUUUCAAGUGGUUUACUAUACGUUCUUUUCGGAGAUUUAAUGCAGACGAUAUCUCCGCUUUCAUAACAUGGUUUUUAAUGAGCCAAACUCUAUGGAUCCUGGUUGGAACGACGACAUUCUUCUCGGUGAUUUUUGCGACUGCCAAUAGUCUGCAAUUGCAAGAGUAUGUCGCACGCGCCAUAAGCAACUACCUCACCAGUGAGACUGGCGUUACAGUCAUCUUCGAAUCUGCUAUCGUUCCUAAAUGGAAGGACUCUCGUAUCUCCUUCAAAAAUGUAUAUGUCUCCCGCAGACCAUCGCCCACCGCCCGUCCACCAGUGUCAAAAAAGCAUCUUGGACAUAAAGCGGCCGUCGGAUAUGAUGUCAGCAGUCACCCCGCAUACCACUACUUUGUGGAUGACGACGAAGAAGUAAUUGAGAAUCAUACCGAGGACGAUGUCAACUAUUCCAUGUUUGACCUCAAUGUAGACUCCAUAGACGUCACUUUAUCACUACAGCACUGGCUAAAUGGCAAGGGCCUUGUUGAGGAUGCUGUGGUCAAGGGCGUUCGCGGGGUAUUAGACCGUCGCUCUGUUUUCUGGGACCCAGAAAAUCCACUUGACCCGGCUGCAUUCCGUCAUGUUGCUAGCCAAGGCGACUUUGAGCUAAAUUCUCUGCAGCUCGAGGACGUCCUUGUAACCGUGUAUCAGCCGGGUGAUUUUAGACCUUAUACUGCCUCAAUUUUUCGUGCGGACAUAAGGACUUUCCGGAAGCAAUGGCUCUUCUAUGACUUUUUGCGUGCGGAAAAUGUCGUAGGGCAAUUUGACAACUGCCUGUUCAGUCUGCACAAACCGCAAAGCAUUGGUCGAACUACUGACCAGGAUCUCAAGGAUGGCAAAUGGUCGCGGAUGUCCAGGAUUCGCAUUGAUGGCGUCAAUAUUGAUCAUAUGCAAAACUCCACGACAUUGGAAGGUGGCCCCUUGUCAUGGAUAACAUCUGGGAAGGUGGAUGCAGUGCUGGAUAUAAAAUUCCCCAGAGACACAGAAGACGAAUUUGCGUUGAAUGCCAUCCUUGGUGAGCUCGCAGAUGCCAUCACCACGGCUGCUACUGCUUCUCUACCCAUUGAGAGGAUACCAGGGCAGCGAGAGCUUGCAAAACCGCCUCUUACUGCCCCCACGACCGAUGAAGAGAAGGACGUCGACGAUAAACCUAAGGUCGUCAUCGACAUAGAUUUGCGAUUUAGGGAUCUCAAGGCUGCUGUUCCGCUAUUCACAUCGGAUCUCUCAUAUGUCAACAGUGCGCUCAUAAGACCUAUAGUUGCAUUUAUGAACGCACAUCAUACCUUGGUACCUAUUCAUUGCAGAGUGAUGAAAGAUUUGAGUGAUUUUGACGGUGCUUGGACUAUGUGGGAAACUGGCCUCAUGGAUGAAAUUUCACAAAAGAUAUACGAUGCGCUCGCAUAUCACGUCUCCCAAGUCAACUUGAACAGGCGAGUGAAAGCGGUCAGCGUGUGGUCAUUGCAAAUGACUGCCAGUGCCGUACUGUCUGCUCUGAGAAACCUGGUGGAUCCGCUGUCCAUGCAGGUUAGGGAUCUGUAUUACGUGAAUGGCGUUCCAUAUGGUGCCUUAAUUCCUGGACCGUAGCCUGCGCCUCUAUUUAUUUGCAAAGCUGGGCAGGGGUCAUGCAAAUACCUUACUCAGGCUCACACAGGCAGCGGUUUGGACGCUUCCCAAUUUGCCCAUACCGACUAUGCAUGUUGAGGAGCUACUACUGCAGUGUCUGGUUGUUCUGUUCUCUCAACCGUAUUUUCUAACUUUACAAUCGAGAGAUGUUCUGACAAGGGAGCCCACGCAGAGUUGCGAAGGGUUCGCACGGCAAAAAAUACAAUCUCGUGUGCUUCUAAUACUUACAUUCGGUGGGCUUUGAGAGACCUUGGAUGUGAGCUUAGAGACAUACUUAAUUGACCCUGUCAGCGGAAACGUGAAUGGCGGAGAUGAUAUCAU